AUGGAGCCUCCUACGCGCACUGAUGCUUCCUAUGCCCGAUGGGCCACUCUUGACUCUACUGUCAAACAGUGGAUUUAUUCCACCACCUCCUUUGACCUUCUCGCCACUGUUAUGGAGAAAAGUUCUACUGUUAUGGCUACUUGGAACCGUAUAGCUUCUAUGUUUGAGGACAAUCAGAACUCUUGUGCUGUCGCUCUCGACCAAGAUUUCAUCUCAACUCGCUUGGAUGAUUUUCCUAGUGUUUCGAACUAUUGUCAGCGUCUGAAACAUAUCUCUGAGCAGUUGAGCAAUGUUGGUGCCCCAUUCAGUGACCAUCGCCUUGUUCUUCAGUUGGUCUCUGGUCUCACUGAGCCUUUCCGUGGUGAUGCCACCCUGAUUCGUCAGAGCGAGCCUUUACCUCCUUUCCUCAAGGUCUGCUCCAUGCUGAUUCUCGAGGAAUCUGGUCUCGCCAAGAUGUCGGGCCCUGCCUCUCAGACUGCUCUGCACACCUCUGCUUCUCAUCCACGGGACUCCGAUGACUCUUCUCAGCAGCGCACCUCCAACCACCGUUCUGGGUCUGGUCAAAAUCGCAAUUAUCAGGGUAGUUUUGGUAAACCUAAAAAGAAAAGUGGCUCCCGCUAUACUGGUUCAUCUGGCUCCUCUGCAGCACCACCAUGGCGCCCACCUCCGCAAGCAUCCUGGAAUCCCUAG